AUGCCGAAGGAGCCAUCUUCUUCAUCCCACCCGUCGACCAGAUCGACCACCAAUCCGUACCCGCUGCCCCUCCCUGAGCCGGAGUCCGGGUCGGAACUGACGAAGAACCCCGAUUUCCCGGCCGCCCUUGCAGCAGCGUACCAAGAUGACGCCGACGAAGAGGGAAACGAAGCCGAUGGCGAAGCGGAGGACGUGUUGGAUGAGGAGGGCGAUGAGGAUCUCGCGAAGGAGGACGAGGUUGACGAGGAGGAGAAUUCGGAGGAGACCGAUAAAGCUGGUGACGUAAUCGUAAGCGACGACGAGGAGGACAGCGAUACACGAGGACGUUCGUUGCAAUGCCAAGAGUCACCAAUGUGCAUCGUCUUCAAUACGGCAUUGCUGCACAUGCUAACUCUGUGUCACUACGUUCACAUGCAUAUUUUCAAUCGUCUGCUUUAUGGAGGCUCCGUUGUUUAUGUGAAAUGA